GUACCCAGCGUAUUAUGGGUGCAUAAUAAUCAAAUUAACUAGAUCCUGGAAAUAGUUAAGUUCGGUGGAUAUAUGUACGAAGUAAAUCCUUUAGUGAGUCCUUAUUGUAAUAGUUGAUUCAACAACCCUGAACUUUAGGUUCGACUGAAUAAAUUGCAAUUUUUACUGUACAUUGGCACCAACAUCGGUAACGGCACCCUAUACAAGCUACGUGUUUCACUCCAUUUUGUAAGCAAGCUCAAGUUCAACAUCAGCAGUAUUGAAAACAGUGUUUGGAAAAUUUGUCACAAUCGAUAUUCGUGUGCAAGUGUUUUAUGGUUUCUAUUUUACAACUUAACAUCGAACCUUGGGACCACCAGCAGAACAAACCGAGAAAAAUGGCUUCAUUGGACUGGAAAAGGCCUGCGCUUGAAAUUCUCCUGAAUGUGUACCGAGACCAUCCGAUCCUGUACGAUAUGCGCCACCCGAAAUACUACGCCAAGCUGGAACGCCAGAAGGCUUUGAAUACGAUCAUUGAAAUGCUGGAAGACCACAGACCGGGCACCACAACGGGAGAUAUCCUGAAGAAGAUUCAAACCAUGAGAACGCAGUUCGGCCAAGAGUACAACAAAGUGCGUAAGGCCCAGGCCAAGGGGACGGAGUAUAUUCCCACCGUUUGGUGGUAUGAGUAUUUGAAAUUCCUUCGGCAGCACAUCAAACCGAGGGCUGCGUUGAGGGACGACACGGAAGACAGCCAGGAGGGAGAUGAGGAGUACAUGUCGGUAACCCAAACCAAUGAGGAGUACGAAAAGUACGAGACUUACGCUCCGGAAGAACAGUACGAGGUCGAAAACGAGGGCGAGUCCGAGAUUGUCUACGAAAUCCAAAGCACUCAGAAAUCAAUAAAAUCAGAUUACAAUGGGGAGCCAAAAUUUAUUCGCAAACGGGAGUUUGCCAACGUGACGCCAAUCAGUGGCAACGAGGAAAUCAUCUAUGAAAUCACAAACUCCAACACGAUUGUUCCCAAGCGCAAGAUCGAGAUGAUCAGCAGCACUCCGGUCACCGCAGAACCUAAAGCGAAGAUCCAACGGAAGGAUAGUGUGACCGAACAACAGCUCCCGUCGCCGAAAGUGACCGCAGAGAUUAAGAAGGCCGAUACGUCCGAAAUCAUUGUCGAACCGGAUCGGUGCAAAAGUUUCGGGCAGUUUGUGGCCUCGCAGAUCGCAGCCGUCAAGGAUGACUUCCUGUUCUAUUCGACGCAGAUGGAAGUACUCAAUGUCAUCAACAAGGCUCAGCUGAAGCAGCUGCAAAUGGACAAGGACAGCAUGAACAGUAGUAGUAAAUCCUAGAUGAACUUUUUGUCAUCGUCAGAGAUUGUAUUUUAAGUUUUAAAUAAUAAAGUCAACUGAGAAUCAA